UCCCCAUCUUCCUCAUAUUCACUCCUCUUCUUCCUCACUCCUCAGUCCUAACUGAAACCUUAGAAAUCCGAGUCCCACCCUACGCCGUCACAGAAAAGACUGUCCGGACUAGAUCUGCUCCGCCACUCCAUCUUCUCCAGUUCUUCUUCCACCAUUAUUAGCGUUUUAAACAAGAGAUUGAGGAGAUCAGAAGUUGAGAAUCAGAUUGAGGAAGUGUUUGAUUUGAUUUCUGGAAUUGGGGGGAAAUGGCAACAACCCUAAGAAGCUUGAAGAUAAAGACGGGUACUUGCAAACGCAUCGUCAAAGAGCUUCAUUACUACGAGAAAGAGGUUGAGACUGAAGCUGCCAAGACUGCCAAGAUGAAGGACAAUGGCGCCGAUCCUUACGAACUCAAGCAACAGGAAAAUGUGUUGGCUGAAUCAAGGAUGAUGAUCCCAGAUUGCCGAAAGCGGCUGGAGGUGGCCGUAGCUGACCUGAAAGCUACUUUAGUUGAAUUGGAGGAGGUAAAUCAGAAGGAAGGUCCUGAAUUUCAUGAAGCUAGAACCAUUGUGUCCGAAGUUGAGAACUUGUUUACCACAAGUUCAACUUCAGAACCAGAAGCCUCGUGAUCUGAUUAAUCAGUGUCCCUUUAGAGAGAAGAGUAUCUAUGUUAAGAUUUUAGAUAUGGGUCUUCUUUAACUCUUCUUUUUUGUUUUACUUGAGACAGGAUUGCAUUAUCCAUUCUCCUAUUUGGCUUUUGGUUUGUUGUGUUCUAAAAUUUUACCCCCUUUUGAGUUUGGAUAAGAGAUUUAUCUUAUUAUGUAUUACUAAUUGUUUCGGAUUGAGGCAUUGAGCUUUUCGCCCUUUUGCAUGAAGUUCUGGUUCCUUUAUGUAUGUGGGCAAAAGCACAAAACAGCCUGCUCAUAGAGUGGGAAGGAAAAUUAUCUUCUUUCUGA